AUGCCUGCGUUGGCCUCGGCGGGGGACUCGUCGCUGAGUUCGCUGCAGCUUGAAAACGAGGAGCUGCGGCGGCAGCUGCGGGAGACGCGGCGCGAGUCGAGGGGUGGACCCCGUGGGGACGCGCAGCACGUUGAGCGCCUCGAGCGGCGGUGUGAACUGCUGGCCACGCGACUGGUGUCGUUGGUGCGGGACAGGCAGUUGUCGGAGUGCGCGGAGGUGCACUUUCUGCUGCGAACGCAGGAGGAGGAGCGCCGGUUUCUGCGCGACGCCCUGCAGAGACUGCUGAGGCGGCAAAAGAAGUGCACCGUCGGCGAGGAUUACGGGGGCCCGCCGGACGACGAGCUUCGCUCCAGCAUGCUGACCGCGCUGGUCACGAGGGUGGCUGAGGAGGCGCAGCACGCCGAGUCCCAGUUGAAGCUGGAGCAGACGGAGCGGCGGCUGCUGCUGGAGCAAACCGCAGAACUUAUCGUAGACAUACAGCAGGCGAUCGAGAAGGCGACGCGGUGGGUGUACGACUACCACUGUGAGCCGCUGCGCACCGACCCCCUCCGGCAGUUGACGCUGUGGAAGGAGUCACACAACGCCGGCGCGAGCCAGCUACUUUCGCUGGCGGAUGUCGCCGCUGCUUGUCCGCCGGAUUCUCCUGAUCGCACGCGAGGCGGCCGCCGUGCGGAAGGGCGCUGGCGGGGGGACUCCGACGGGUUUAUAGAAGUUCACUCCACCCCCGAGUACGAGGCAGCGGGGGCGGCGACGUCGCUCUCGCGGAGCGGGGUUGACCUGCUGGAGGCGUGUGACGUGCUGCGGGCGUGCUACCGAGCGUUGGCCGGCGUCCGCACUCUGCUUGGAGAGGCCAUGUCCACACUGGCGCCCUCACUCGCCUCGCGGCCGGGGAAGUUGACAAGUGUGGAGGAACUCGUGAAGGGCUUUCAUCGGGAUCUACAAGAAAUGCUGCGGAGCAACGAGCAGUGCCGCGAGACGCUGGCGCGACGCUUGGAGGCCGAGAUCGAGGCGCAUAGACGCACGGUGCAAAAGUAUGAGGCCCGCCUGAAGUUGGCUGAGCGAGAGUUGAUAGACCUCCUCACUUCCGCAGCGUCUAUGCCUCGGGGCGCGCUGGGGUCGAGUGACGCGCACGCGGUCGCCUUUUCAAAGCGCCUCGGCGACGAGGCGGAGGGGGGCGCUGGCGACGCGGGCGCCGCAACACCGCCGCCGCCGCACGCGCCGCACGCGCCAGCAAAGGCGUCCGCGUCCGCGUCCGCGGCAAGCCGGCACGCUGUCGGAGGCGGCGACACCACUCGGCGUAAGUGCACUCCGGGGGAGCUCGCGCCGCCCUCGCGGCGGAGGGGCGUGAGGGCGAUGCUGGUGAGGGACAAGGGCGACCCACAAAAGCCGCGAGAGGCCCCCUGUCUUGCCAUUCGCGGCAACGGUGCCGCUGCCGAUGGCUCGCCGCCGCCUCUUGUUCUUUCCUUGCCGGAGGCGCAGCUGCAGCGCCGUGCGGGUUCACGGUCCCUGUCGUCGCUCGACACUCUGGACGGCAGGAUGGACGAUGACUCGACGGCGGAGGGGUCCGUGACGCACUCGCCCCCUCCGCCACCGUCGUCGUCGUCAAGGCGGGGGCGACCCCCGCCGACGGGUGAGGUUCGGGAGGGCAGAGCGGCGUCGUCAUCGCAGCGGCAGCAGCGCUGGCAGCACAGGGCGAUCUUGCUUAGUCCUUCGCCAUUCUGA